AUGACCAGUACCGCUACACCGUCCGCGGAGUUAGCCGACGAGAACUUCAACCAUCCAAGUCAAGAACGUACGGUGUUGCUCGAAAGGCUACAUAACGCUAUCCAUGCUGAUGUUCCCGUACAUUUCUGGGCUGCCUGUCAUUUCUGUGACAUAGACAUACUGACCCACUUGACAAAUACUGUGGAGCGGGAUUCGAAUAUUGUCCUUGCAAUGGCGCUCAUGAUGCACUUCAUGGUAGCUGGUUGGGAUGAAUCGAGGUCCAUGGUGCAGCCCGAAUGGUUCGAGUUAGCUACGUCUACAGCUACUGAACGCGAUGGAUCGCAUUGUGUACUAACGGGUAUGGGUGUGAUUGAAACGGCAUUUAUAUACCCACCUUGUAUGAUGGACCCGGAAUCGGCAGAUGCAAAGUUCGGUGACUACCGGCCUCCUGUUCUUGAUCUACUCUGUCUAUUCUUUACUCAAGCAAAGGUGGCAGCUUGGAAAAGAGUUCUAGAUUCAGAAAACCCGUACAUAGGCGGCACGGGCGAAGCCACCUCGGCCAACUUUCUAUGUCUCAACCCUCUGGCUCAUGCUUUAUGGGUCAAAGGCAUAUUUGCUCUGAAACCAGUCUCUAUUUCCAAAGAUAAAAAGGCUCUGACGAUGCAAUUCUUUUGGCAACCCCCCUUCAAACGUCCUCUGGCCUACUACGAUAAAAUCAACAUUCUCACCAUUCCUCCGUCCACCCAGCAUAUAAACGGCGCUGCCGAGGCGUGGCUUGAGAAUGCAAAAGGAAAACGCAUUGAAUCAGGGCAAGAGUUCAUUAUUGUCACCGACGAUCCUAUACGAAGACCCUUGCCGAGCUUUGAAUUGUUAGAGAUCCAGUGGUUUAUCAGGAGAGUGUUGGCCCUUGCAGGACGGGCGAGAACGAAGGAAGAACUUGAACACUGUCGGCCGACCUAUGGAGAUACAAGUGACGAAGAGGAAGAGGAAGAGGAAGAGGAAGAAGAGCUCUAA